CUGGCCGCGGUCUGCCGUCGCGCCGCGCCGCGCCGGCCAUGAGCUCCACGCAGUUCAACAAGGGACCCUCCUACGGGCUUUCGGCCGAGGUGAAGAACCGGCUCCUGUCCAAAUAUGACCCUCAGAAGGAGGCAGAGCUCCGCAGCUGGAUUGAGGGGCUCACAGGCCUCUCCAUCGGCCCCGACUUCCAGAGAGGCCUGAAGGAUGGAAUUAUCUUAUGCACACUCAUGAAUAAGCUGCAGCCCGGCUCAGUCCCCAAGAUCAACCGCUCCAUGCAGAAUUGGCACCAGCUGGAAAACCUGUCCAACUUCAUCAAGGCCAUGGUUAGCUAUGGCAUGAACCCUGUGGACCUCUUCGAGGCCAAUGACCUGUUUGAGAGCGGGAACAUGACACAGGUGCAGGUGUCUCUUCUCGCCCUUGCUGGGAAGGCCAAGACCAAGGGACUGCAGAGCGGCGUGGACAUCGGGGUCAAGUACUCGGAGAAGCAGGAGCGGAACUUCGACGACGCCACCAUGAAGGCGGGCCAGUGUGUCAUUGGGCUCCAGAUGGGCACUAACAAGUGUGCCAGCCAGUCGGGCAUGACAGCUUAUGGCACGAGAAGACACCUGUACGACCCCAAGAACCACAUCCUGCCACCCAUGGACCAUUCAACCAUCAGCCUUCAGAUGGGGACCAACAAGUGUGCCAGCCAGGUGGGCAUGACAGCUCCUGGGACCCGCCGGCACAUCUAUGACAACAAGCUGGGGACGGACAAGUGCGACAACUCCUCCAUGUCCCUGCAGAUGGGCUACACGCAGGGCGCCACCCAGAGCGGCCAGGUCUUUGGCCUGGGCCGGCAGAUCUAUGACCCCAAAUACUGCCCACAAGGCCCCGUGGCCGACGGGGCCGCCGCCGAGUGCACAAGCCCAAGGGAGGCCCCCGAGUGCCCCGCCUACUGCCAGGAGGAGGCCGGCUACUGAGCCUGAGCCUCCUGUGGGCCUGGCUGGGUUUCUCUCCCCACGUCACCACCCCAGCUGAGUUUUCAGGUUUUUCCUCUUGUUCUCCUACAUGUCCUAGUGCUGCCAGCCAGUAGAUGCCCAGCAGGCUCUGGGUGGAGGAGUCGAUGGACGGUUAAGAAACCCGGGUCUCAAGUGAUUCCUAUAUUGCUUUCUCCACUCUUUCCUUUUCUCUGCUCAUCACUCUGUGGUUUCUGUACCCAUGGAAGUUACAGGCAGUUUUAAAGUAAAAACAAGGACCCCUCCUCCCGGAAGAAAGGGCUGAGGGUUGUGGAGGAGGCAGGAGGGAAGGAAGACCCCUGGAUAGGGCAGGCCACAGCACUGACAGACCUUCAUGUCUUUAGAGUGAGCUUCCCCACUGUCCCCAACCCUAGCCCGUCCCAGGGACCCACUGGCCAGACUGAUGCCACAAUGGAGUUCUGAGUAGUUGAGGCAAAGCCAUACCCCCCCCUCCCCCACUCCCCUUCCAGGGACUGCACAGGGACCCACUGGAGGCCGGCCAGGGCCCCAGCCCCAACUGCAUCGCGAGAAAAUGUGAAAUAGCAACUAUGGACCAAAGGCAAUAAAAACUUUGUAUGAAAAUAAGG